AUGAUAGAGUCUGGAUGGAUGAGGUGGCAGCAAUGCAGGCAUAUUCUUGUCCCACAGGUGUUGGAGAUGAUUAAUAAUUCACAUUAUUUAUAUCGAAUGACAGUUGUUCGUGCAAUUUCUCUACUUGCCUCAGUUAUGGGGUCAGAAAUUACUUUUUCUAAACUUCUUCCAGCACUUAUUACCUUAUCCAAAGACAGAGUGCCGAAUAUCAAGUUUAAUGUCGCAAAGGUAUUGCAGUUGUUAAUUCCUAUAGUCGACCAUUCAGUGUCUAGAAGGAUUGUUAAAGUUGAGGAGAAGCUUGCAAAGGGAUGGGGUGGUGAGAAUGCUUAUCAUAUGAAAGCGUAUCGGGAUCCCAUACUUAAUGUUUGUGAUUUAUCAAUCGAAGCAAGUAGGAACUUAGGUUUGGUUCUUGAUCAACUAAGCAAGGUUGGUGUAAGAGUUGAUGAUGAGAACAUUGUUCCAAGACCUUCAGUUAGUUAUGAUGAUGUCCCUUAA